CUUCCGGGGAAAACGACCUGGAGCGGAGCCCUACACCGGCGCAAGGUUAUCUGACAAACGGCGCAGGUUCACGUUCGCCUUUGGAAAAGUCGCUUUUUAAACAAAUCUCUUUGGAUCCCAACGAGUCGAUUGAAGAAUGCUAAUUGCAGUUAUCCUAUCGUUGGUGUCUGUGUUGCCAACUUUGAAUGCAAUGACAGUUAGUGUUUCGCAGACUCAAAUAGAAAUUGCUCAAGGUGAUGAUUUAAAUUUAGGAUGCAAGUAUACAAGCAUAACAACAAGGAGAGACAAUCUUAACAUUGAAUGGAUUCGACUUGAAGAAGAACCAAACGAGGAAUUGAUUGAUGUGGUCCAAUACUUCUCCGGUGGAGUGUACAGCAUUGGAAAGCUGUAUACGGGCAGAACAAAUUUUACAGGAAAUGUUGAGACAGAUGAUUGUUCAAUCAUUAUCAAGAAUGUCCAAGUGGCUGACAGUGGCACCUAUGUGACUGAAGUUAAAACACCUCAUGACUUGCAAGGCGUGCGGAAACGGAAUAUAGAUGUGAUUGUUUUGGUACCACCAUCGCCACCAGUUUGUUCAAUAGACGGAACAGCUGAAUAUGGACAAACUGUUAAAUUGACCUGUCACUCCAAGGAAGGAUCACCAAAACCAGUUUACUCUUGGAAGAGCUACAGUCCACAGAAUCAGUUAAGGCAGUUGCCUCAAACAACCGUCCAGGAAACAGAUGGCUUAGUUCUAAAAAAUAUUUCAGCCACAUCAUCAGGUUUCUUCAUUUGUACUUCAAAAAAUAAAAUCAGAGAAGCAACCUGCAAUAUAACCUUAGCAGUAAUGCCACCAUCAAUGAAGAUUGGACUUUAUGGUGGAAUUAUUGGGGGUGCAGUUGCUGGCCUGAUUAUCCUUGGUAUUAUUGUUUAUUGUUGUUGUUGCCGUAAUGAAGACAAAAUGCCUGAAGAUUAUGAAAUGGACGAUCCACAGCAUGAUGAGGAAGAGGAGCUAUCAGAGCGAGAUUCCAAAAGAAAUGAUUAUCGAGGAGCUUACCAUGAUGAUGACCGGAAUGAACGCGAGGACAGGAGUUCUCCACAUUCUUCUACAAGAGCUCCAUUGGCACCUCCCAACAAACCGAAAUAUGUGCCAGAGAAUUACGAAGUGUAGAUACAGAGGCUAUUCUUCAGUUAUCUUUAGUUCAAUGGGUGAAAUUAUAGGGGCUUGAAAUUACAAAUUGAAUUAUGAGAUUGUAUCAUUUUAAUAAUAAGUGUAUUACAUUUAUAUAGAUGAAAAUAUUUUUUAAAGUGCCUUUUGUACAGGAUUUUCUGUCAGCUUCUAAGUAUUGCUUCAGAGUAUGACAUGUUCUUGAACAUGCUGGCUCCAAGUUCCAUUUUUAUUAUGACGCAUAGGUAUUUCAUUUAAAAUUAAGUACUUUCCUUUUUAAGAAUAUACAGAUGUGAUCUGAUGAAUAUUUUUACCCAUGAUGUAAAAGUAGCAUGUAACAGGAAAAACUGUAUCAAAGACAUUUUGCCUUUUAAGUUUCAUUGUAAUAGAAAUUGUUUCUCUGUAUGAGUUUGUAAAGCACAGCAAGGAAAUGCUUUAAAAGUAGAGCAGCAAAUGGUUCAAUAAAUGUAGAGAACCUUAGCACAUGGGUGAAAAAUCUCAAGCCACAAAUUCAAAUUAACCAAAGAAAUCAAGGCUAGCAUGAAGGUAAAGGACUUUUAAGCAGACCUAGAAACAGAUUCACCAAUUGUGUCAAAAGAGGUCUCGAUAAAUACUUCAAUGAAAAAGAAAUGUGAAGGGAAAUAUGGAAGAGAAUAUGGCUAAAAGAAUCAUUCUGAAAUUGAUGAUGAAUAUUCUCCCUGCAGUACUAACAAAGUAAAUGUUAAGAUAAAAUGUGUGUUAAUUUGUUUUCUUAACUAGUGGUAUUAUUGAUUUGGAUUAUUCCUUCAUUAAAAUAAUCCUUUUAAUUACCAGACAAACUGUAAUGGCCACAUAAUACUAUACAGAUCAUUAUAAAUAUCAAUUUUGUUAUAACUUAGGUAAUUGUCAAUUACUUUUAAUAAAUUUUAGCACGGUAGAGGAGAAGAGCACAAAACCUUAGAGAGUUACAAGUCUUGGAGCUGUACUGUUGAAAUGGCUUGACUAUGCUCAAAGUAUUACAUUUCAUGAAUGCGACUAAUUUCAUUGGAAUGACUAGGUUAGACUUCAGUCAUAAGGUUAUACAUGGUUAUAAGGAGUGUUGUAUGAAGCUGAAAAGAAAAGUUGUUAUCUCAACUAUGAAAUAAUUUAGGAUUUAUUUUGACUGAAGUGCUAUUUCUAUUAGUUUGUGCUCUGUCUACAUUAGUGCCUUCUAAAAAACAUAAUUAGUUUGACUUACUUACCAGCACUGAAAUAAUAAUUUGAUAUUCUGUAACAGUAAGCAAGAAACUUUUAUAUUGACAAUACAAUGUAAUUUUUAAAAUGGUUUUUCUAUCAUAUAUUAAAAAAGUUGUGGGUGAAA